CAAAAAAAUAUCAAUAGCAUUACCCCUUGAUCUUGCCACUAUGGAGAACAAAACGUGCCAUGAUACUAGUUUAUAUUUUCGAAGCGCAACUACACAUGAAAUUCGAAAAGUCAACAAUCAUUUUCCAGGAUAUAGCUUUCUAACAUCAAUCGGCGCUGGUGGUGAUUGCAUGGCAGCAAAAAGUUUGGCCGAGGCAAUUCGAAUCUCGGACAAAGUUGCCGCAAGGUCCACGAACACAAACUCGAGCAAGGUCUGUAGGAACCAAUGUAGGAUCUUCUUAGCAGCGGUCGACCAUGUCGGAGACUACCUCAAGCGAAUCCAGGAUCUCAACUUCGCGAGCACUGGGACAGCUUUCGUGUGGGACGAAACCGUGGCUGUCCUUAAGAGAGGCCUCCAUCUCCUCAAGUCGUGCCAAGAAGGCAAUUGGAUCGCGCGGAGCCUGCUGUUCAAGGAAAGCUGCGAUGAGUUCCAGAGCAUUUAUCCCGAGAUCUUCAACUGUGUCGAGCUCGUCAGCGUCUAUCUCUUUCAGCUGGCACCGUCCACCUCGGUAAGAUCCAAGAUUGCCGAAGCUUACAACUCGUGCCUCAUGAGGCAAAACUCGAACAGCAUGCUGGAAGAAGCCGGAAGGAAUGACAGGAAGGCGCUCAUGGCUCUCGCAAUGAGCCAAGAGCCGGGAAGCCUGACGACCGAGAGCGAACAAGCCAAAGAGAUACUUUGCUCCAUGCUCCUGGGAAACAAGUCAGUGAUUAACCACAAGGAACUCAAGCUGACAACACACCUGGGACAAGGCGGUUUCGGAACCGUGUACGAAGCAAUCUGGCUCGGUCACAAGUUUGCAGUGAAAGUCUUCCCUCAAGGUGACAAGAGCUUCGCCAAAGAGCUCGCGGUUCUCGAAGCGGACAAGCAUCCCAACGUGUUGCACAUCGCCGGUCAUUCUUUCGAUGAAGAGAAGCAGCGGUACUCGCUGGUGAUGGAGAAGAUGGACAUGGACCUGGCAAACUACGUCCUCAAGAAGAAGAACUCUCUCCCGUUGCUGUCGAUCGUGGCAGUGAUGCUCCAAGUUGCUACUGGCAUGGCAUGGCUUCACUCGAAGAAUAUAAUCCACCGGGACCUCAAGCCGCAGAACAUCUUGGUUGGCGAAGAAGACAACGAUCUCGUGAGUAUCAGGAUUGCCGACUUUGGAGUCUCGAGGCCAAACUUCAUCUCCUCCCAGAUCGAAGCCGUUAGCAUCCAAGGCACCAGGAACUUCAUGGCACCGGAGGUGUGGAGCAGCGAGCGCUACACGAAAAAGGCCGACGUUUACAGCUACGGGAUGCUGAUUUACCAGCUUGUCACUGGAAACGUUCCGUUCGAGGACGGGAUGGACAUGGAGCAAGUCCUUCGAGGCAAGCGUCCUGAGAUACCAGCCACCUGUCCAGAGUUCCUGUCGCAGCUCAUGCGGGAAUGCUGGAGCCACGAUGCAAAAGAGAGGCCUUCCUUCUCGGAUAUCUGCGAGCGGCUGAAGCAGCUCAAGACCAGGACCAUUACUGGCACCGACUCCAUGGACGAGUUACGAGCCAAGUUGGUUGAAGCAGCCAGGUCAUCUUCCUCUUCUUCGUACUCGUCGUCUUCCUCGUCCUCGUCGCACAGCAGGACUCGAGUGAACAUGGAUUCUCUUGUCCAAGCGACUGAGAAGCUUUGGACCCAAAAUCCUCCUCCUCCCUUUGUCCAGGUAAACUCUUUUGCUUUUAGUAACUUCCGGAGCUCGCCACGUUUGGUUUCAGCCGGUACCACACCGUCCUCAGCACGUCGCACCAGCAGCAAAGCCGGAUAACAGGACCGAGCUCUUCGAACUGGUGAAGAAUGGCCUCGUCAAAAACGCCUUCGAGAAAGCUCUGUCCCUGAACGAUCCUUCCACGGUCUGGUGGCUUUGCACCAAGGUAAUCCAUUCACGUC